AUCAUGUCAUAGAGCUUAGUUUCUUUGUAUUUAUCUUUCAGUUAAAAAUGUCAUAUACAAGAGCUUGUUGGGUUGAAAAAAAUAAAGACUAUAAAAGAGUUAUUCCGUCAAGUUGGGUUGACACAGCAAGAAAAGUAGUGCACUGGCCGAAUGGUCUUCAGGUGAAACGUGCGUAUGAAAAUUUGGAAACUCCUAAACCUGGAUGGAAACAAUUCUCUCUUAUCAAAUGCAAAAUGUGUGGUACAAAAGAAGACUGUGAGGGAUGCACAGACUAUACAACAACGGACGAACAACCAACAGCACCAAAGGAAAAAAUUAUUUCUGAGAAAGAAAACGUCUAUUCAAAUAUACUUCCUACUUUCCCAACUCAAAAUCCAAGAGAUAUACCUCUAGCUAAGUAUCAGCAGAGCAAACCUCAGCAUUCCAACAGAAUAUCACAACAAUCUAACUUGACCAAAAUCAAAGAAUCUUCAAGCAAACAUUCGAAAUCCAACCCAGUUGAACCACCACCACCAAGAGUAGUUCACUCACAAUGUAGUUCCUUGUCAAGGUCAUGUUCACGAUCAAAUUCACAGUCAAGGUCGCAUUCACGCUCAAGAUCACGUUUGCAGUCAAAAUCUCAUUCACAAUCGAAGUCUUACUCAAGGUCACAGUUGCAUUAUUCCCGAUCUCGGUCAAACUCUGACUCUUCAAGAUCUUCAUACUCAAAUUCUAAUGUCACCUGUCCUGGCUUGGUUGAAGUAUCACCAAUUGUCUACAAAUCUUCUUGUAUGCAAAGAAAAGAUGCUGUCGUUUUAGGCGAAGAGACUUCCCUAUUGAUGAUAGGGAUUAUCAAUACACUGUGAUAAAGCUGCUAACAAAGCAGUUAGAGAACCAAGAUAAGAUCCUCAAAUACUUCGAAACAACAGUUGAUACUGUUGUAAAGGGUAAUCUGCCAGCAAAAUUUCUUGAAGUCAAUCAACUAUUAGAUUUUGACAAGAUUUUACAUAAUGAUGAAGAUAUGUCCAAUCAACUUAUUGCUCGUCUUUCAAGAGUUGGUGGCACUACAUUGAAAGAAAAUAUUAAAAACAUUUUAGAAAGUUUGAUGUCAUACAAAGUUAUGGCUGGUUUUAAUAUGAAAGGAAAUAACCGGAACGAAAAAAAUAAGCAAGAAGUUCAGGAUAAACUAAGUUUUGAAAAGUUGAAAUUUUUUGAGCUUAUUAUUGAAAGUAUUCUGACGAAAAGAAGCGAAGCUACAAUUUCCGAUAUCAAAGCGGAAGUUCAAAAAAUAUUGCGGUAUGCACCAAGCAAAGUUGUUGUCAAGGAUGGUGGGCUUCUCCCGAAAGAUCACAUAGAAACCUAGAAUUUUUUUUUUUUAUAGUAAAUGCUUUUAUUCCAGAAAAUAUAUGCUAUUUUCCAA